AUGGCAGCAAUCACAGGAGCAGAAGCAAGAGCAGCUGAAACAACAUCCCACUCACAGUGGAUGCAAACAAAAAUAGUGAGCAAAGAAGGCGGCUCCAGGGCACAAGAGCUGCCUUUGGGUCCUCCAAGGGCUCAAGAUCAAGGUGCAAAGAAGAACCCCAUGUGGGAACUUAGCAUCCACAAGCUCUGCCUCAGUAUCUGUGUCGGGGAGAGCAGAGACACUCUGAAGGGGCAGCCAAAUUGUCAGAGCAGCUCACAGACCACAUCUGUAUUUUCCAAAGCUAGGUACACUGUCAGGUCUUUUGCCAUCAGGAGAAAUGAAAAGGUUGCUUUUCACUACACAGUCAGUAGAACCAAGGCAGAAGUAAUUCUGGAGAAAGACCUAAAGGUACAGGGGUAUGAGAUAUGGGAAAACAACUUUUCAGAUACUGUAAACUUCACCUUUGGGAUUCAAGAUCACAUUGGUCUGCACAUCAAAUAUAACCAGAGCAUUGUCAUCUACGUGCUGUUGGGUAGGCCAGGCUUCAGCCUCACAGAGGAGAACCUUAGAACAGGCUGCACUGAGGCCAAGCACAGAAUCAGUGGGGAGGAGGCCAGGCGCUGGUUCCAGUGGAAGUACAAUGGGGUCAUCCUUCCUGGCAAACAAAUUUUAUCCAAAAGGCCAAACAAAGAAUUCUCAGAAAUGCAAAGAGAGACGGUGGCCCUCAGGGUUCUGCCGUCUGGCUGCUGGCGGCAGCUUCAACGGUUCCUGAAGGUGGAAUCACAGAAACUCCAGACCCCACUAACCCCUCAGGGCAGUGUCCCAUUUGCCUUUGGAACCUGA